AGUUUAUUAUCAUUUCUCCAUGAAGAGCUUUGCAUGCUUCAACCUCUUGGCUUUGAAUCAUUUGACAAACAGAUUGUGUCAAGGCUUCAUCUUUAUGGCCUGAAAUAGGCAUUCAAGAUCUGAUACGAGUCUGACUCUUGCCUUAUUAUAGUUUCUCUCUAUGGAUGAUAUCCUUUUAACUGGAUUAUCUUAUUCUCUUAUCCCUAUGUUAAUCUCGCAACUCAAUGACCAGAUUUCUCUCGAACACUCAGGUCGGCUAGACUGCUUCCUUGACAUAGAGGUGAAGUAUUUGAAGAAUGGUUGUAUGCUUCUUACACAGUCCUAGUAUAUUCGUGACCUUAUGCACAAGACCAAUAUGGCAGAUUCUCGAGGCAUUUCACUUCCAUGGUUCAAAGAAACCAUCCUUCCACUGUGACAGGAUUCUGUUUUCCUCAUUCUCUGGUAACAAGGUGAACUUGCUGCAUUCAAAGAAUAAUGCAGCAUUUGGUUUUCCUUCAGCUAAAUUCUCAAGUGUUAUACACAGAAACACAACUAAAAGAUUUUUGGCUACUUCUACUCUCGCCAAUGUUGCAAAUGAUUUUAUGGCCCUACAAUCACCAAUACUUGCUGGGCUAGAAGCCAACCCGAAGACCGUUGCAUCGAUCAUUUUAGGUGGUGGAGCUGGAACUCGUCUAUUCCCCCUUACUCAAAAACGGGCUAAACCAGCUGUGCCAUUUGGAGGGUGUUAUAGGCUUGUGGACAUACCAAUGAGUAAUUGUAUCAAUAGUGGAAUUGAUAAAAUUUACGUCCUUACACAGUUCAAUUCUCGGUCCCUCAAUCGCCACAUUGCUCGAACAUAUAGUUUCGGAGGUGGCAUCAAUUCUCGUGGUAGUUUUAUUGAGGUAUUGGCAGCAAAUCAAACACUCGGUGAAUCGGGAAAUAAGUGGUUUCAGGGUACUGCCGAUGCUGUAAGACAAUUCCUUUGGUUGCUUGAGGAUGCUGAGCAUAAAAACAUAGAGAACAUUCUGAUAUUGUGUGGUGAUCAGCUCUAUCGAAUGGAUUACAUGGAACUUGUGCAGAAACACAUUAAUUCAUGUGCUGAUAUAUCUGUAUCUUGUCUACCGGUGGAUGGCAGUCGUGCCUCUGAUUUUGGAUUAGUGAAGGUUGAUGAAAAAGGACAGAUACGCCAGUUCAUGGAAAAACCGAAGGGAGAAUUAUUAAGAUCUAUGCGUGUCGAUACGAGUGUUUUUGGGUUAUCAGCUCAGGAAGCAAGAAAAUCUCCAUAUAUUGCAUCAAUGGGUAUAUAUGUGUUUAAAUUAGAUGUGCUUCUCAAACUUCUCAGGAACUAUUAUCCUAAUGCAAAUGAUUUUGGAUCUGAGGUCAUUCCAAUGGCUACAAAAGAUUUUAAAGUCCAGGCAUGUCUUUUCAGUGGUUAUUGGGAAGAUAUUGGGACUAUAAAAUCUUUCUUUGAUGCAAACUUGGCUCUUAUGGACAAGCCGCCGAAAUUUCAGUUAUAUGAUCAGUCAAAGCCUAUUUUUACAUGUCCUCGGUUCCUACCCCCGACAAAAUUGGAGAAAUGUCAGGUGAUUAAUUCUUUGAUUUCGGACGGUUGCUUUUUAAGAGAGUGCAGGGUUGAACAUUCCAUUGUGGGAAUUCGCUCGAGAUUUGAUUCUGGAGUCCAGCUCAAGGAUACCAUGAUGAUGGGAGCUGACUAUUACCAAACCGAGGCUGAAAUAGUGGCUCUUUUAGCAGCGGGAAAUGUUCCUAUAGGCAUAGGCAGGAAUACAAAAAUCAUGAACUGUAUAAUUGACAAAAAUGCAAGAAUUGGAAACAAUGUAAUAAUUGCAAACAAAGAAAAUGUGCAAGAGGCUGACAGACCCUCAGAGGGGUUUUAUAUUCGAUCAGGAAUCACGGUGGUGUUAAAAAACUCAGUAAUAAACAAUGGCACAAUCAUUUAAUUUAAUGGUGGAUGGUUAUGAAUAGAAGACGGGAAAACACAAAAAAGAAGACACAAAUGAAGUGAUAUACUAUAUACAAGCUUCAAACUUUUGCUCUGAAUAACUGUUACCUGAAAAAAGGGCUCAGUUAUCAAAUUUUGAAUCUUCAACCAAGAAAGUCAAUGAAGGACACAUUCUGUUUGUCAGAACAUUUUUUGUUGGCUCAUUCAACAGAGAGGGCUACAUCAUUGUCCCGACAAUAAAAUUCUUUUAAAACGUUAUUUUUUAUCGAUAUCGAUGUUAUUAUAGGCCAAAAUGGUCAAUAAUUUGUUAGACAUUAUUUGUCUAAUUGAAUGUUACAUUUCAAAUAAGAGAAAUAUAACCAUCAGUGGAAGAAUAAAAUCAUGUGUCACUGUGGUUUACACAAUGGAGAGUGUGUGUUAUGUUCCAUUUUCAUAUCAACUUCAUGUUCUUCACAUUUGCACAAAAACAUGAUUAACUACUUCAUAUUUAAUGAGAUCCCUUAAUGGUUCUUUAGAUUUA